AUGAGACUUCUCCUAUUUGUUGUGUUUGUGGGCUCUAUGGCUAUAAGAAAUCAAGCUGCUCCCGGUGGUUGGUUCCCCAUCAAGGACCUUAACAACCCACAUGUCAUCGAACUUGCCAAUUUCGCCGUAACCGAAUACGACAAACAAACACAGUCGAAUCUAAAGUUUGAUAAGGUCAUAGGUGGUGAGACUAAGGUCGUCGAAGGGAUAAAAUAUUGCCUCAACAUUACUACAACAAGUGGUAUCGAUUUUAACAAAUAUAUUAUUACUGUUUUGGAGAAGGCAUGGCUACACUUUAGAAACCUCACUUACUUUGUGCCUAUUCGUGAUUAA